AUGGACCAGCCCGCGACCAAGAAGAGAAGGCUGGCACCCAAGGUUGAGCCUCAGCCUAGUCCCUCCCACCCCCCUCAACCGCCGCCUCCUUCUGCCGCCUCUUAUGCUCACGAGUCCACGCCAUCACAGCAUUACCAACCUCAAGACAUACCUCCACCCCCUCCCGAACGACAUGAAUUCGAGUCUUUUGCGAGACAUCUCCAGGAUGCGGCGAUGCUCAUAUAUCGCCAAAGCCAAAGGUCCCCACAUACCAAGGUGUCGGUGCUUUUGCUUCGGUGGGAGGACGACACUGCUGCCGAACUGGACCUCGUCGCACUCGACCACGUACUUCGCGAACGAUAUGCCUACCGCACCGAGCGAUGGAUUAUACCGGCAAUGACCAAUGCCAGCAUGAAGUUAGGCGUGCGCAUGUCUUCCUUCCUCGAGUCCGCCGGUCCAGACCACCUCUUCAUCAUACAUUACGCGGGGCACAGUUUUGUCGCCUCGGACAAGCAGCUCUACUGGGCAAGCAAUACCAAGCAAGAUGCCCCCAAGCUUAGAUGGAAUGGGUUCCGGUGUAUCUUCGAAGAGUCCCCGUCCGAUAUUCUUCUGCUAUUGGAUAGCGGUGUCGUACAUGAGCCAUCGGUCAAGGGCGGGAGCAGUACGAAGCAGAUUAUCGCAGCCGGAACUCCAGAUCACUACUCACGGGAACCUGGAGCGCGGUCUUUCACCGCCAACUUAACCGAAGCGUUUCUACAAUUAGGCAACGGUCGGCCUUUCACCACGGAGCUCCUAUAUCAAGAAGCUGCUCGGUCAAGACAGCAUGAGCUCUUACAAAGCCCCGGCCUUCCGAAUGGAAUUGCUGGUAAGGGCAUGUCGAUGCACGAUAAGCUACCUAUGCUGUUCGCUAUUACCACCGGCAAGGGUCAAGGUCUAAGCCUCUGCCCCUUGACACCGUCUUCAGCUCUGGGGCUUCAAUUACAGUCCCCUAAAUCCACAGCCGAUACGAACGCCAGGAUAUCACGAGAAGACAACGCCAUCCAUCCCAGCGCGGUCGCAGAUCUGACAUUUGACGAGCCGAGGGUUCUGGUCUGUACUACAUUCGUGGGCGAAGCUAGUCCAGACAUGUCGUCGUUUCAUCACUGGCUACACAAUACGCCUGCCAUCGGUUCCAAGAUUGCCGUGGAAGGAAUGUUCCUUGGACCACCGACCAUGCUGCUUAUCUCCAUGCCUGUCGCUGUCUGGAAUGUAGUACAACAUGACAAAGUCUGUUGUUUCCUGGGAUAUGUCAACUCACACAACAUGACUCACCUUUACAAACGAUUGGUUGGGUCCAUGUCUAUAAAUAAGGCCUCGGCUAAGGACAUGGAGGACGGCAGAAUGCUGCUCGAAGCUCGAGAGGUAGCUACAUCGACGCCUGCGAUUCAUCGACAUCUACUGCCAGAGACUCCGGUCCGCCCCGACAGUUUAGGGAGAAUAGAUCAGACAAAUAAUUCCCACUCUGCAGCCACUCCGGCUAUUCAAUAUGCCAAUACCACACCAGGCACAGCAGCUUCGCGGAAGGAUGACGUCGAGGACUCAGCAGAGAUGCAAGAGGCAGCGGAACAGCUCAAAGCAUUGAGCCAUGUCCGUCAUGUCGGCGAUGACACCCCUCCUUCCACGCGACUUCAACCCUCACCCAGUAUACGCGCCACGGAUCCGAAAACGGAGGAGAGAUCAUUAGUCGAUGUCAGCAUGGACGAUGCACGCUACCAUGGCGAUGCGGCAACACCGUCAGCACGGCCUAAGCCGGGACGUCGCUCUAUACAAAAGCCCAUUCCAAAGCAAGAGACUCGGUGUAACCAUUGCAGCCACGCCCCCUUCAAGGAUUCUUCCUCAUUACGAAAGCAUAUUGCUGCAGCUCAUACUCGCCCUUUCCCUUGUGCUUUUUCGUUUGCCGGAUGUCCUAGCACAUUUGGAUCGAAAAAUGAGUGGAAAAGACAUAUCGCGUCACAGCAUCUUUGUUUGCAGUAUUACAGGUGUUCGUCUUGUCCUCAAUCAUCCAUAGAGGGAAAAGGAAAUGAGUUCAACCGAAAAGAUCUCUUCACACAGCACCUGCGGCGCAUGCAUGCCCCCUUUGCAAUCAAGAAGGCUCUUGCCAAAGGUGAUAGCAAAUUGCAAGUGGAGUGGGAGACACACGUAAAGGACAUGCAACAGUCAUGCCUGGUGACUCGAAGACGGCCGCCCCAAAGCUCAGCCUGCCCCAAACCUGACUGCGCCAGUGUAUUCGAGGGACCUACUUCCUGGGAUGAGUGGACAGAACAUGUGGGCAGGCACAUGGAGAAAGGCGAGGCGGAUCGGCUCGGUGUCGACCGACUCCUAGCGAAGUGGGCGUUAGACGAAGGCAUCAUCGAGCGCAAAGAGGACGGAGAAUACCGCCUCUGUAGCGGCAAUGGGAACAGCGGUGAAAGGGAAAACAAUCAGUAUCAUUCAGACGGCAACAAGCGAGAUCCAGAAGAACGAACCAUCGUUGCGGCGAGCACGAUCGUGGAAAAGAUGGACGUGGAUUGA